AUGGCGGCGCGGCUGUGGCGGCUCUGCAACCUGCUCAUGGCCGCCUUCUUCGGGCUGGCGGCCGCCGUGCAGGUGAACGACCCCGACGCGGGGCUAUGGACGGUUGUCUACUUAGUGCCAGCUGCCCUGACGCUGCUUGUCAGCAUCAACCCUUCAAUUACAGACAACGGUGUUUGGAGGAGCCUCUGUGACCUUCAUUCUGCUGGCUGUGUUGUUGGGACCAUUGCCUUGGCUUGCUCCUUGUUUGCUUAUGCCCAAGGAAACAUUUUUCAUGAAGAGGAAGGCAGAGAGUUGUUUGGUUUGGUGAUUAUUACAAUAUGGAUGAGUCUUUGUCGUAGUUCAGCAAAGAGUCCCCUGGGAAGAGUUCGCUUGGUUGCUGCAGUCAUCGUUGCUCUCUUCCCCUUUGUCUCGUGGCUGUACAUUUAUGUGAAUAAAGACAUGCGAGAGUCUUGGCCUACACACUGCAAAACAGUGAUGUAAUUGGGUGGGAGAAAGUCUACAGUAAUUGUGCUGACCUUACUUGCCUUUGUUUUUUGUGCUUAAUGAAAGGUGAGUGUCAGUUUGAUGGUUCUCAAGAAUAUCUGGCUGCUUGCAGCAGUGCCAAUUGAGAUUUGGUAAAAUGUUGAGGAACAAUCAAAUCUGAGUAGGGAAUUUUUCUAUGGAAACUGUUCACCUUGCUGCUUAUAUUUUCCAGGCACCAUUGAUCAAAUGUCUGU